AUGCGCGGAGAACUCCCCACGGAGAGCGGGGAGCUCCACACCGAUCUGACGGACGGCGAGCACAUGGAGGGCUACGCCGAAUUUUCAGGCGGCGACUGCCGCAUGUCUGGCGCAGGCGAACAAUAUUUUGCGCUGCUGCGCGGGCGGCAUAUCCGGGCGGGCACGCUGCGUAUGCCCGGGGCCCGCGCCCGGCAGAGGGUCCAGGGCUGGCUCGCGGCCGCGGGCACUGGCGGCGUCACCGCAGGUUUGGUGUCCAAGAGCCGUGCGCGCACAGUGCCGCGCACCGUGGUGACGACGGCGUCUUUUUUCAAGAGUGGCAGCGGCUUGCCGACCGCAGCGGUGUCGACCCAUCCGAUCGUUCUCCGCAGGGUCAGGGACAUCGAGGUUGCCCUCGACGUGGGGACGGGAUAUCCGAGGCGCAAGGCCGCGCAAUUCCCGGUCAUGGUGGGGAUCGCUCUGAAGUUGGCCGUCGUGGACACGUGCUACGCCGCGCACAAGCACGCAUACGCCUGGGCCAUACUCGUCAGGAUCUGGGUGGCGCUGCGCUUCGCCGACUCCGCCCACGUGCGCCCGAGCGAGCCGACGUGGCCAGCGCAAACGGGCCGCAGCUUCUGCAACGACGGCCCCGGGCAAGCGCAUCUCGGUGCUGGCCGCACACGUGGGCCCAGACGCCCUCUCCGCGCGCCGGCAGUGGCCGGGGCGGCGAUGUUGGGCGAGCUGAGCUGCCCGCUUCUCGGCGAGGGGGGCGCGCGGGAGCUCGGCCCGCCGGCGCCCCCCUCUCCGGAGCUCGCCUCUCUCGGGUCCGCGAGCAGCCGCCGGGCGCUAGCCGUCGGCGCGCAAACCAGAAUCGCCGCGGCGAUUCGGGAUGCGAGUCGCGCCGGCGUCUCCGACGCCGUGGACGACCUCCUCGCGGAUAUCCACACUUGCAGGAUCGAGCACACCGUCGGCGUUGAGCGCGUAGGCCGCGCUGUCAAGGAUCCCCGCUACCUCGGGAGGUCCCGAACGCCCGAGCCGCCAGCGGACGCGCCCACGCCGCGCGGGCCGCUGUUCCAGCGGCCCGCGAUGUCGAGGUUCGCGCAGCACGAGGACCACGCGGGCAUCGUUGACCCCGAGCUCUCCGACAGCGUCUGGCGCUCCGCGCACAGCUGGCCGCAUCCCGCGCGACACGGGGCGGCGCUGUCCAGGCCCGGGGGCGCAGGCAGAGCCGCCCAGGCUCAGGCCGGCGGAGGCGCGGACGCCCCGCGUGCCGCCAGCCAGGCCAACCGCCGCGCGCUGCCAGCUGGGCUCCGCGCGUUCGCAGGUUGCGGGCGGCCCGCGGGCCACAGGCCGAGUCGCGCGCGACGCGGAGCGGAGCUGUGCAGGAUAAGGUUCGCGGAGGCGCGGGCGACCCGCGCGCCGCUAGCCGAGUCGCGCGUGAUACGGGGCACAGGCUUCGCGGUGACGCGGGCGACCCGCGCCCCGCGUCUCGGUUCCCGCCCGGCGCGGGGCGGCGCUAUCUGGGCGCAGGAGCCGAGGUUUAGGAUCCUGGCCGUGGCCUGCAUCGGCCGGCACUGCGGCUGCAUGGGGGGCCCUUGCCCAGAGUGUCUGGCCGCGCGGCUGGCGCGGGGCCGCGGGCCUGGACUGUCCAGCCCCGCGGCCAGAGAGAGGGAGGCCGUGGCCCGGAGCCUCAGCGACCUUCGCGAGACGCAGGUGGAGAUGCUUGCAGAGCGCGAUCCCCGAGAGAGGGCCACCCUGUGCCACGACACGGUUUGUGCGCAAGGAUGGCAGAGCGGAACAGGGCACAGGGUGCCCGAGCCUGGUGCCGCCAGACGGGCCGCGGGCAACGGGGUUGCCGUGGUGCCGCUCUGGGGCCGUGGCCCCUCCUGGAAGCGCCCGCCGCUGCUGAGCGAGCCGGGCGCGAGGCUGCGGUGGCACCAGGACAAGCUCGUCAGCAAUGAGCUCGUGGCGCGCAGAGACCUCCGCGAGAGGGCCGGCCCGCCGGCGAGCCGACGCGGCGCCGACGUGCCGCCGAGCCCGGCGGAGCCCUCUGCCCCGCCGGCGGGGCGGCGCGGCGCCGACGUGCAGGAGCCCGCCGCCCCGUUGGCGGGGGGCGCCAGCGCGCCGCCGAGCCUGGCGGAGGGGGCCCAGGUCGCGGGCGUUCGGCCAGGGGGGCCCGGCGCCGGCGCGCCACCGGCGGAGGCCGGCGCAGUGGGGCUGCAGCGCCGCCUCCAGGUGACCAAGUGGCAGCCUCCGCUUCCCCUCUCGCUGCCGGAGGCCGUGGUCUACCGCGCCAGCCGCUACUCCGGGUCCGAGCUCGCCAAGCGCAUCGCUCGGCGCACUGGCGCGGCAGGAGCGGGGCCCGAGGCGCCGGGCCUGGACGCCGCCGCGCUGGAGCUCCUGAUCCGGCCCCGCAUGACCCCGCCGGCCGUGAAGGACCGCAAGAUUGGCCGCCUCAACGCAGGCGUGGGCGCUGGGCAGGCUGCUGGAGCCGCUGCUACCGCUGCUGGUGCGGGCCUCGCGCUCGCCCCCGCGGCCGCUGUGGAGGCGGAGGCUGCCGACGCGGAGAUGGAGGACUUUGACGACGCAUGGGCCGACGGGCUCGUGCGAUUCCCCGAUGGUGGGGCGAUGGUGGCCGCUGCGGUGGCCCGCCCGCAUCCCUCGGGCGGGGCCGCUGCCGCGGCGGAGGCGGCGGAUCCAGCUCGCGGAGCUGGAGGAGCUGCUGGUGCUGCGGGGUGCGGCCUCGGGGGCGACGGCCAGGCCGACGGUGCCGCGCGGCGGCGGCGCGGGCCCAAGCGUCCUCGGGCGAAGGCGGCGGCGACGCUGGGUGUGGCGCUCGCGGUGGCUUCGCCUGCUGUAGACGGAGCUGCGGCCUCGGUGGUCGGCCUUGAGGAGGUCUUCUCGGUGGCCGACGGCCUCCUUCGCCAGGCGGCCGGCUACGAGCCUCGGCUCAGCGUGCAGCUUCGGCAGAUGCUGGAAUCCGUGAGUGGGUGCCCCGCGCGGGCGCCCCUGGUGACGGCGCACACCCUGGAGCCAGAGCGGUCGGUGCUCGCAGCGAGCGCCGCGCAGGAGAUGUUCGGCGCCCGCUACGCAAACGCAGAUCUCACGGCCACCAGGCUUCAGCAGCCCGACGAGUGGAUAGGCAAUAUCGAUAUAUUCAUUUUCGAUUGCGACGGUGUUAUUUGGAGAGGUGAUUCUCUGAUCGAAGGCGCGUCGGCCACGCUCGACGCGCUGCGGUCCAGAGGAAAGCGCCUGUUUUUCGUGACCAACAACUCGACGAAGAGCCGGAGAGGCUAUCAGUCGAAGUUCUCGUCGCUCGGCCUGCACGUCGAGCCAGAGGAGAUUUUCUCCUCAUCGUUCGCAGCCGCUGCAUAUUUGGACCAGACGAACUUCAAAGACAAGGGAAAGAAGGUUUACGUCAUAGGCGAGAGGGGCAUCUGCGAGGAGCUCGAUCUGAUCGGCGUCCCCUGGAUGGGAGGCGAGAGCGACGCGAGCAAGAAGCCAGACAUGGGCAAGGGCGGCAGGGUCGAACACGACCACGAUGUAGGUGCCGUCAUAGUUGGAUUUGAUCGGCAUGUGAAUUACUUCAAAAUCCAGUACGCCCAGUUGUGCAUCAACGAGAACAAGGGUUGCGAGUUCAUUGCCACGAAUUUGGACAAGGUGACCCACCUCACCGACGCGCAGGAGUGGGCCGGCAACGGGAGCAUGGUGGGCGCGAUCAGGGGCUGUACGGGCGUGGAGCCGACACUCGUUGGCAAACCGAGCCCGUUGAUGAUCGACUACAUCUCGCUUAAAUAUGGAAUUACAGAUCGCAAGAGAAUCUGCAUGGUCGGAGACAGGUUGGAUACAGAUAUCUUGUUCGGUACUGGCAAUGGCCUCCAAACCUGCCUGACCCUGAGCGGUGUCACGUCUGAAGAACAGCUCUUGAGCCCGAACAAUACUAUAUCUCCAGAUGUGUACGUUGACAGCAUUGCAUCAUUCCUUUCAGCCGCAUCUUAG